AUGACGUUCAAACGAGGAUUGCAUUGGUCCUUCGUAUCGACGCUGGUCAAACCACCGGCAACAACAGCAGCAGCAGCUUGGUUACCCCGCGCUGUGGUAGCAGCUACCAGAUCACCCUUGCCGCUUUCAAGACCGUUCAGCACCACCCGGAUCGUCGCUCAACACGCCGCCCAGCACUCGGACUCAGCUGGUCCGGCGAGUGCUCCCUCUUCCUCUCAAGAAGGCACGACAUCUGCUACCGGCUCAUCGCAGCCUUCGGGUCCUGGCCAAGAUGAUGCCCUCUCCCGGUCACGUCGGUGCAUGCUCUACGUGCCCGGCUCGUCGGAAAAGAUGAUUAAAAAAUCCCAAUCCUCUCCCGCCGAUACCAUCAUUUUCGACCUGGAAGACUCGGUGGCAGCGCACAAGAAGGGAUCCGCACGCGAAACUGUGUUCCUCGCCCUCGAAGCGGCCGCACGUCCAGGACCCGAGCUUGCCGUCCGCAUCAACCCACCCUCGGCCGAUCGCUCGCUGGCCGAAGACGAUCUGGACAUGGUGCUUCCCAGUCACCAGUUGCAGGCGAUCGUGGUGCCCAAGGUGGAGCACGAAAACGACGUUCGCUUGAUCGUCGAAAAGGCCAGAGCGCUGCGGCCCAGCUCGGCUGUGGACAAGGGUUCGCUGGCGUUGGUCUUGUCGGUCGAAUCGGCAGCCAGCUUGCUGCGUAUGCCGCGGAUCAUCGAGUCAAUCCGCGAAGGCUUGGGCCAGGACUCGUUGACCGGAAGUCUUGUAGGAGCAUCGACAAAGCAACCGGUAGCGCAGAUUGUCGCGCUGCUGUUUGCGUCGGAAGACUACUGCGCCAGUACGGGCAUCUUGCGCACACGCGAUCGCAAGUCGCUCCUCUUCCCACGCGCGCACAUGGCCACCAUCGCCAAAGCCUACAACCUCGCUGCAAUCGAUAUGGUCUGCAUCGACUACAAGGACGAAGCCUACCUGGUCGACGAAGCAGAGGAAGCGAAGCAGCUGGGCUACGACGGCAAGCAAGCGAUCCACCCGGUCCAAGUGGGUGCGAUCCAGCACACGUUCAACCCCACCCCAGAGGCGGUGCAUCGCGCCGCAAGGAUCUUACAUCUCUACGAGCAUGCCAGUGCAAGCGAGAACCGGGGCGCCUAUGGCUUGAAGGAGAGCGAUGGCGGCAUGACCAUGAUCGAUCGACCCAUGCUGUUGCAGGCGAGUGCGGUGGUGGGCAAGGCGAGAAAGGCGGGCAUGAAGGUGCCUGAGGCGAGCGAGCUCGAGCAGGAGCAGCAGGCGUGA